AUGAAUCCGACCACCGUCGCCGUCGCCGUCGAAGCCCCUCCGGUUAUUAUGGCCCCGGACGUGUCGCUGCCCGUCAAGAAUGCAGCCAAAGAAACUGCCGAGGGCAUCCUCUACGGGUCUAUUGCCGGAAUUGUUGGAAAAUACAUCGAAUACCCCUUCGACACCGUCAAGGUCCGCCUCCAGAGCCAAUCCGACCACCUGCCCCUCCGCUACAAGGGCCCGCUCGACUGCUUCCGCCAGUCCCUCCACGCCGAUGGCUUCCUGGGCCUGUACCGGGGCAUCAGCGCGCCGCUCGUCGGCGCCGCGGCCGAGACGUCGAGCCUCUUCAUAUUCGAGUCGCUCGGCCGCGAGGGGCUCUACGCCACGGGCCUCGCCAGUCGCGAAACCCCGCUGUCCCUCCCCGCGCUCUACACCACCGGCGCCUUUGCUGGCGCCCUCGCCUCGUUUGUCCUGACGCCGAUCGAGCUCGUCAAGUGCAAGAUUCAAGUCCCCGGCGGCGCUUCGAGUGCCGGCCUGAAGCCGCUGGCCGUUGUCCGCGACAUUUUCCGGCACGAUGGCCUACGUGGCUUCUGGCACGGGCAGAUGGGCACGCUGAUCCGCGAGUCUGGCGGCUCGGCGGCCUGGUUCGGCGCCAAGGAGACGGUCACGGCCAUAUUUUACACCCGGGCUACGAAAAAGGUGUCCUCGGCGACGGAGCGCGAGCGCAUCCUGGCGACGCCGCUGCCACUGUGGCAGCAGGCCAUCGCUGGUGCCUCGGCCGGCGUAUCGUAUAAUUUUCUCUUCUUCCCCGCCGACACGAUCAAGUCGCGCAUGCAGACGUCGCCGCUGGGCACGGCCGGGGAGAAGCCGUCCUUUUGGGCUGAAGGAUCCGCCGUCUGGCGCCAGUCGGGUGUUCGCGGCCUGUACCGCGGCUGCGGCAUCACCUGUUUGCGGUCCGCACCCAGCUCGGCUUUUAUUUUCAUGGUCUUUGACGGACUCAAGAGGCAUUUUCCUCUGUAA